AUGCUCAAGUACAUCUCUCCCGAUGAGCUCGCUGCGUUGAUGAAGAGUGACAAGGUCGUCGGCAGAGACUACUGUGUCGUCGACGUCCGCGACGACGACUGGUACGGCGGUAACAUCAAGGGCUCGCAGAACUCGCCUUCGUACAAGUUCCUUGACAAAGUAUCCGACCUCGUAACGCAGACGAAAGACGUCCCGACCGUCAUCUUCCAUUGUGCUCUUUCACAAGUCCGGGGUCCGAAGGCUGCCAGGAUCUACUCCGAGACGCGCGACCUCCUCCAAACUCAAGGCGCAGACAAGCCGCACGAUGUGUUCGUCCUCCGGGGCGGCUUCCAGGACUUCCAGGCAAAAUACAAAGGUGACCCCGCGCUCGUCGAAAAUUGGAAGGACGAGGUCUGGGGUAGCGGGCUGCACUUUUAG